CGUUUACUGCACGGGACAGUUACUUAGCUACAUCUGUAUUGAAGACAAUUUGGGUCGAGGACUGGUUGGGUUGUACACUAGCUUGCCACGAUAACGCAGUAUGCAUCUCUUAUAAUUACAACAUGUUCCUCAAGUCUUGUGAUUUGAACGAGCAUGGAAUACAGCUUCCACAUACCGAGUCGGACAAACUGGUGAAAAUGCAAGGAAUGAUAUUUCACCAAAUAAGGGAAGUAAAAAUGCAGCCUCUCCCGCGCGAAGUUCAGUCUUUGAAUCAGUGUGACUGCAGUUGUACCUCAGAGAGUGCUUGUAGGCCCGGCGAAGGUUUCUACCACAGACUUCCUGCAUCUUGCAAAGAAAUCUGGGAGAAUUCCAGAAUCCGAGUGGAUGGACCCUUUUACAUCCGGGCUGACCCACCUGCCAAGUAUGCCAACGUUUUCUGUCACAUGACUCCAAUACCUGGAUGUGGGGAUGGUGGAUGGACGCUUGUCAUGAAAAUCAACGGGAGUAAG